AUGAUGACUUUGUGGAUCGUCAUCGCUCUGGCGGUGUUAAGUGGGGUAACUGGGAGCCCCAAUGUGACGGUCAGUCCAGAUGCGGACAUGUUGGCUCAUCCCAACAGCGUGCCCGAGUACGCAAUGGAGGAAACAGAAAUCCCUGGACAGCAACAACUGUUAGAUGUGGCGGCUGAGGAGUAUGCUAUGGCUACCGGAGAGCUGAACACCAAUCACUACCCGGCUCAGAGGGCGGCCAAAGUGGUCCAACACUACCUGAACACCCGCCACGGCUCUCCAUUCAGGCUGUUUGGACUGCACAGGGUUCACAGCGCACACGCAGAGGAUGUGGCAGACUCUGGGAGAAAGUAUCAGCUGGAGAUCUCGGCUCUGGAGAUAAUCAGCAAUACGACAGAGAAAUGCUCUGCACAGGUUUUGUUCCCGAGGGGGGAGCAACAGGGCGUGGCGCAGGUCCAGUGUGACGAGAUCCUUCAAAUCAACAUUACAACUCAAGAAGAGGCCUUAUACCAACAGUACAAGAACAACCACGGCCUGCUGUCUGCACAACAUUUACCUGAUAGCCACGGACACAUUGAUCCAGACAUGAGGCCUUUCUGGCACCUCGGCAUCGUGGCCUCCAGCUUUGUCAUGCUGAACGAAUCCAAUGAAAACACUCUGUACAACAUGGCUCAGGUGGCCAAUAUCACACAGCUGGUGACCGAAAACGAGCAGCUGAAGUUUGACUCAGACAUACUGCUGCAUGAGAUGGUGUCCCAAGAAAUCAUUCACUGGAAACUGCAGUUCACCUGGUCUCCUCCAGAGGGAGUAAAAGUGCAGCACAUGGAGCAGCUGCCACACCGCCAUGAAUGGGAAAAACUUAACAACACAAACUAAACUGCACACUGCUAUAACAACCAAAACAACAUAUUGACGCUCACAGUUUAUAUUGAAACACCACGCCAUGUCAUGAUGUCAGUCAUUAGGGUUAUAAUAAGAUUAUACUUGCAUUUGACUACUUUUUCAGUACCUUUUGGUUGCUAUUGUAUUUUAGCUUAAAUAAACUGUUUGUACAGA